UGCAUACACACCCUCACUCAUGCAGAGUGCAGAGGACUUGGAGGGUCGAGCCUAGUCAGCAGGUCUCACACACGCUUGCAUGUGUGUGUGUGUGUGUGGAGCUGAAACUUUUUUUUAGAGACACAUUCACACUCUCUUCCCUCCUUCUGUCCUCUGUCCUGCUCUCCUUUUUCAACUUUCCCCUCCUCCAGCACACCUUUGUGUUGUUUUCCUUGCCCCUCUUCCUCUCCCCUCCCUCUUCAGCCUCACUAGUUUUCCCUCUGCUCUGUCCUAUGUGCUCAGACUGUGGUUAGAGUGCGAACUGAAAGCGUGCUGCACGAGAUGCUGCUGAUGUUACAGCUGUUUGGGCUCCAUGUCUCUUUCAGGGCCCACUGAAGAAGACAAGACUGCACAUGAGCCGGGGGACUUCAACACUACAGAGAAACCUACAGCUAUCACUUUUCCCCUCUUUUCCUAACCAGCCAGUUGCAUUUUCAAGACUUUGGAAUUUAUUGAGCUUUUAAAGACGUAGGGACAAAACAAAAAAAAUAACAAUGAGGACCAAGUUGUGUCAACUGGUUGCACAGUUCCUUCUCUUAGGACAGUUGCUAUCUGUGGUGGACAGUAAAGGAACUUUCUAUGGAGGUCAUGUCAACCCUUUCUAUGGAAACAGAUACAACCUGUACAAGGCUGGACUCAACCCUCACCAUUCACCAAACAAGCCCAUGACCCGUCACAAGAACCACUGUGCCUAUGUGGUCCAGAAGAACAUCACAUGCACCAUGCAGGAUGGAGUAGCUACCUACGUGAAGGCUGAGUACACCACCAAGUGCAUCUGGGGUCAGAAGUGUCCUGUCGUGAUGUACAGGACAUUCUACAAGCCAAAGUACAAGGUGGGUUAUAAGACAGUGACUGAGCUGGAGUGGAGAUGUUGUCCUGGCUACUCUGGAGAAAGCUGCUAUGAUGGACCCACAUCGCUGCCUGAUGUCAUGAUGCCACCUUUCAAGGGUGCUGGUCAGCCCCAUCGCCCAGGGAUGAAGGGCUUCCCCCACGGCCCUCGACCCCCUGUGGACCAGCGGCCUGGUGGAGGCACGCUGGAGCCUGGCAAACCCUUCCCCGGUGUGCCUGACCACAGACCAAUACCAACAGGACAGCUGCCCGCUGGGAAUGGAAGACCAAACUAUGGAAACAAAUUUGGGAUUUCAGGAGUGACUGGUGAACGUUUGGACCGUAUGGAGGAGGACCUGCGUCGUCUCACUCAGGGUCUGGACACUCUCAAUGGAGUGGUGGAAGGCCUUGAGGAGCGUCUGCGCACAUCUCUACGGGAAGACACCAACAAAAUCCUGGUGUCCCUGCUACCCAAUGCUCCCCGUGUGCCUGACUCUACCGUGGGAUUUGGCGUGAUCCCAGAUGGGACUCCUGAUGGGCUGGAAGGAGGAGAAACCUUCACUGGUUUUGGAGACUUAGUAGGGAGGGUGACAGAAGUGAGGGAUGAUCUGCGAGCAAAAACUCACAUCUUAGAGGAGAUUCAGGGGAUGGUCCUGGGUCAUGAUGGCCAGUUGAAGAGGCUGUUGGAAGGAGCUAAAGGCAGGCCCAUCCCUGGCCCCAGCUCCAAUGCUCAGCUGGACGAGAUCCUGGAUGCCAAGCUGGCUGGAGUGCGUGCUGAGAUCUUGGAUGGCUUUGAGCGCCGUCUGACUGGCCUGGAGAACCACUGUGACACAAAGAUUGGGGAGGUGCAGAAGCAGUGCCAUAGGGAUCACAUGGACGGCCAAGAGCAGAUGCAGCAGUCUCUGGAUGGAAGAGAGACUGGGCUCAGGGAGGAGUUGGGCUCUCUGCAGGCUCAGAUCCAAGGUCUAACUCUCACUGAGAGCUGCUGUGGACAGGUGAACAGCCUUUCCCAGCGUGUGCUGAUGCUGGAGGAGUCAGUCAAAGGUUUGACAGAAUCUCAGAGACAGCUACAGACUGCUCUCACUGACCAGAGCAUACACGUGGAGACACUGAUCGAGACCCGCCUGGUGGACAUAGAGGGCCGCCUCAAUGCCACAGAGGGUGGACCUGAUGGAGUAGCAGGACUCCCUGGUGGUCUGGAUGGCUUCAAGACCAUGCUGGAGGACAAGCUGAAGACCCUGGAAGAGAGAGUGUUUGUGGCUGUUGAGGAGCUAAGUAAUGCCACUGCUCCGGCACUCCUCGAGGGUCAGGUGGUCCCAGCACUGGAGACAGAAAUUGAGUCUGUGAGGAGGAGAGUGGAGGGAGACUUGGAUGGCAUUCAGAAACAGUUAAUAGAUCUGGAGCUCCUCUGCACUUCCUCCUGCCCACCCUCCACGCCGCCAGCAGGGGGUGUCAGUAUCACUGAAAUAGAGGAGGAGUGUGAGGGGAUGGAGAAGAAGAUGACUGACCGCCUGAACACCCAUUCUAACCAGCUGGACCGCCUAAACAGCACCUUGCAAAACCUACUCUUCCGUAUCGCCCAGGAGGACACGGAGGGCUUAGUCCAGGGAGAGAUUACCCUCCUGAAGGUCAACAUCAACUCAGUGAACCGCACACUGAAGGGCCUCAAGGACUCUAUUAGCUUUAUUGCAAGUGAAGUGGGCCACGCUAACUCCACCUGGGAGCAGAGAGAGCACCAGCUAGUCAACCAGGUGCAAGGAAUCACCAAACUAGUGGGCCAUCAAGCCUCCCUCCUGGGGGCUGGGGAGAGGCGGCUGGCCCAGCUGAAGGGAGAACUAGUAGCCUUGAAGAGACGGCUGUCUGGGGAGCUGCAGGGCUGCAGGAGCACAGCAAUAGAAGUACAGAAGGAGGUGAAGGAUGUUGAUAGCAGGGUGAGCCAUGUAGAGGGCCAGUGCAGCAACCUAGGGGAGCUGGCAGAGCACCUGGAGAGGAUCAGGGCAGAGCUGGAGAGGCACUCGGACUCCUACCUUGCCCAGGUGAAUGGCACCCUGGCCAACCAUUCAGAACAGCUAGCUGAGCUGAAAGGGGAGGUCAAAGACUGUGCCAGGGAAGCAGCCAACCAAAAAGGAGACCAGUAGCAUUUGAGCUACAGAAUUUUUCAAAAAGAGACUUGUGUGUGCUUCCCUUUAGGCUCAAGUGACUUCCUCUGCUUCUCUCCUCUCUCUUUCAAAUGCCAUCUGCACAUAUGCUAAUUAAUUGAACCGGUGAAAGUAAUUUCCCAUAAGCUCUCCACCCCAGUGCCUCCAGAUGUCCUGGGAAUUUAGAUUAGUGAAGUGAGGAAGUCACAAAAUACAAAGGCACACCUAUGGUUGUAUAGCUGGGCAAUAUUUUCCCUUGAGAUUUUAUUCUAUAGGGCAUUUAUUUUUUCUCUGAUCAUGAUUGUUUUGUUUUCACAUUUUACUUUUUUUAACUUAUAUGAAGUGACUGCAUUGUUAUGAUGUUAAACUGUUUGUAUUAGAGAAAUGAUAACAAAACAAAGUGGAUGAUAUGGGACUAAUACGCUGCUACGGGUUUCUACUGACAAGCACACUUUACAUCCUCUGUGUGGACACUUGUCUGGUAUUUUUUGGAAAAAAACUGUAUGUCAUCUUGGUGCUAUUUACAUUUUUGUAAACUUCUGUUUUACACUUGUUUAAAAAUGAUAUGUACUUGUGCUUUGACACUUGUGUUUGUUUUCUGCUGCAUUGCUCCAAGAUGCAAGAAGAAGUUCCAAAAGUCACCAUUGGGGGACAGUGACAACACAUGAGACAUGGAUGGCAUGGUAGAUGGAAAAAAAAAUAAAGUCUAAAACACUC